UAACUCUAUAACCCCCUCGCUUCUCCCCCCUUCCCUCACAGUACAUAGUCAAUACGGCGCACUGUUACCUCCUGGUUCAACACUAGAAAGGAUGGAACUUUCUGGAUCCCCCAGUCUCAACUGUUCUACGUCCAUUACAACCAGACUCAACACUCUGUCGCCGCCUCCUCCUUGCAUGUCCUUCCAAGAGAAGAUAACAAACGUCCCCCUCUCUCUUUUCCCCAAAAACCCAAACUUUAAUAUAACAGCAGGGUUUUAGGGCGGGAAUAUGAGUGAAGCAAGCAGGAGGGAGAGCUCUUUUGUCUUCUGUUCCUUCUCUCUCUCUCUCUCUCUCUCUCUCUCUAUAUAUAUAUAUAUAUAUGUAUAUAUAUAUAGCUCUUCACUCGUAGUUUAGAUUUCAUCCCUCCCUUUCUCUCGACAUGAAUCGCAUGGUUCCGGACUUCCAGCACGGCAACGAGCCCCACGCCUCCUCCGCCGCCGCCAAUCCCCGCCGUAAAGCAUUCACCUGGGAAAAUAUUUUUUUAAGCCACGAAGACGAAUUGAUGGAGUUAAUCUGGCAAACCGGCUUGAUGACCCAUCCGGUAGAUCGCUCCGCCGCGGAGGUGGCCUUUUUUGGCUCCUCAAGCGCCGUUGGCGGUGGUUGGGCGGACGCGGCCAGCCGACUGUUCAUGGAGGAUGACGAAAUGGCUUCGUGGCUGAACUGCCAGAUCGGGAACGCGGAGAGCGGAGGCGGCGACCUCGAAGCGAUGAUGGCGAAUCAGGAGAUGACGGUGGUGACGCCGGGCGAGACUCCUGUGGCGGGGUCGACGGCGAUGGGGUCGAGCGAGACUCCGGAAACCGUCGUGAUCGUGGAAGACGACCAGCCACGGGGGUCCGCGUCGUCGUCGGGGACGGCGGAGCGCAAGCGGAAGAAGGUGAGUGCGGCGCGGGAGGAAGAGACGGACCGCCAGGUUGAGCAGGGUGAUGAAUUUAAAUCCGGUGAAAGAAGGAAAGACCGCCCUACACGAUACAGACCAGUGAGAAAGCUACGUGCCGCAGAGAUCCACAAUCUCUCUGAGAGGAGGCGUCGGGAUAGGAUCAAUGCGAAGAUGAAGGCUUUGCAGGAACUAAUACCCAGAUGCAACAAGUCAGACAAAGCUUCGACGUUAGAUGAGGCCAUUGAAUAUAUGAAAUCUCUUCAACUCCAAGUCCAGAUGAUGUCCAUGGGCUGCAACCCUGGCGCUGUGAUGUUUCCGGGCGUUCAAACAUACAUGCCCCCCAUGGGAAUGGGCAUGCACAUGGGACUGGGCAUGGGGAUGGGCAUGGGGAUGGGUCUGGGGAUGAGAAUGGGAACUGACAUGGCUGGUGGCAAUAUACCCCGUCCAAUACUGCCAUUUGGACCCAUCCCUUGCCCGCCAGUUACUGCACAUCCACCAGUUCAGUUCGGCCCAAGACCAACAUGCACAACACCAUUAAUGCCAUCGUUCCAUCCAUCGCCUGCUAUGCCAAUUGCUGAUCAAGCCAGAUUCGAAGCUAUCAAUCAGCAAAAUCAUCUGUCCGAUACACUUAACAUACGAAGCCCAAAUAUGGGUCAAAUGCCACAUGUUGUUGAUCCUUUUCAUCAUUUUCUUAACCUUCAAUGCCCUCUAGUGCAAUCCCAGAGUCAAGUGCUGGAUGAAGCUGGAACCAGCAACAGGAAUGGGAACGUCGAUGGCAACAAUGGGCUGACUGGUUGAAUCAAAACCCCCUAGAACAUCAUGGAAGUCGAAAUCUGCUAAGUAGUCUUCUUGGACGAUUAGUCCAAAGAGGACAGCGCGAUGCAGGCUACUCGGAUGGGUUGCCUAUCAAGUUUUGUAGAAUAUGGAUGUACUAAGAUCUCUAUCUUUAUUUAUCCUUCUGGACAUGAAAGCUACUUCUCGAGAGAUCAUAGCGGAGUACGUUUGCUGCGUCGUUGUGUGUUUGAUCGCAUGUAACAAAACGAGUGUGUUCACUGUUAUGUUGGAGUCUUAUGUUAGAUGAAUCUGCACCGAGUUACUUGAAACAUCUAUCUGAAUGGUUUUACUUGA